AUGGGCUCUUUAUUUCGAAGUCAGCAAAUGGUAUUAUGCCAAAUAUUUUUGCAAAACGAAUCUGCGUAUUCUAGUGUUUCUAAUUUAGGCGAAUUGGGAUUAGUUCAAUUUAGAGAUACUAAUCCUUCAGUAAGUGCUUUCCAAAGAAAAUUCAUUACUCAAGUCAGAAGAUGUGAUGAAAUGGAAAGAAAAUUGAUAUAUGUUGAGAAAGAAAUAUUAAAUGAAAAUAUCAAGUUGGAUGAUGUGACUGACAAUCCCACUGCUCCUCAACCCAAAGAAAUAGUGGACCUUGAGGCCACAUUUGAAAAGUUGGAAUCAGAGCUAAGAGAAGUUAAUUCAAAUUCUGACGCUUUGAAAAAAACCUACUUCGAGUUAACUGAAUUGAAAAAUGUCUUAGUAGAAGCUCAAACAUUUUUUUCGACUCAAGAAGCUCCUGUUGAAAGUAUGGACAAUUCUACUUUGGUUCCAAAUGAAGUUCCAGCUUCUGCUGCACAACAUGGGUUUGUUACUGGAGUUAUAUUAAGGGAGCGCAUACCAGGUUUUGAAAUGAUGCUAUGGCGCGUUUGUCGAGGAAAAGUUUUCCUCAAGCAAGCUGAAAUAAGCACAUUGAUUGAAGAUCCCUUUACAGGAGAAAAACUGCAUAAAGUUGUUUUCAUCUUAUUCUUUCAAGGUGACCAACUAAAGAGUCGUGUAAAAAAGAUUUGUGAAGGAUUUCAUGCUACACUGUAUCCUUGCCCAGAUAAUUACCAGGAGCGAGAAGAUAUGCUCAAGGGCGUUAAAACACGUAUAGAAGACUUAAACCAAGUUUUAAAUCAGUCAAAAGACCAUCGUCAUCGAUUGUUAGUUGAUGCUGCAAAAAAUAUACAAAUGUGGUUGAUAAAAGUUCGCAAAGUCAAGUAUAUUUAUCAUACAAUGAAUUUCUUCAACCAAGAUGUAGCAAAAGAGUGUCUUAUUGCAGAAAGUUGGUGUGCUUUAAGUGACUUGCCCACAGUUCAAGAAGCUUUACGUGCUGCAACAAUUAAUGUUUCCAUCAGUGCCUUCCAAAGGAAGUUCAUCAACCAAGUAAGAAGAUGUGAUGAAAUGGAAAGAAAACUUACUUACAUUGAAAAAGAAAUCUUGAAGGAUGAAAUUCGUAUGGAAGACGUGUAUGUAAACCCUAUUGCUCCUAUGCCAAAAGAAAUGAUAGAUUUAGAGACAACAUUUGAAAAAUUAGAAAAUGAAUUGAAAGAAGUUUGCUCGAAUUCAGAUGCAUUGAAGAAGACACAUUUUGAGUUAACUGAGCUAAAAAAUGUUUUAACUCAAGCUCAUCUUUUUCUAUCGGCUCAAGAAGUAAAUCAUGUGGAUACUAUGGAUAGUGCAACUUUGGUUGGAAAUGAAGUAUCGCCUGAUAUGCCGUCGCAGCAUGGGUUUGUGGCUGGUGUGAUCCUUAGAGAACGCAUUUUAGGAUUUGAAAUGAUGUUGUGGCGGGUCUGUCGGGGAAAUGUUUUCUUAAGGAGAGCAGAUAUGGAUACUGUGAUAGAAGAUCCGGUUACAGGUGAAAAAUUGCACAAAGUUGUAUUUGUUCUAUUUUUCCAAGGUGAUCAUUUAAAGAGUCGUGUCAAAAAAAUAUGUGAUGGUUUUCAUGCUACUUUGUAUCCUUGUCCUGAAACAUAUGAUGAAAGAGAAAAUAUGUUGGUUGGUGUAAAGACUAGGUUGGAAGAUUUGAGCCAUAUUUUAAAUCAAACUCAAGAUCAUCGCCAUCGCUUACUUACCAAUGCUGCUAAAAACAUCAAGAGCUGGUUGAUCAAAGUGCGCAAAAUCAAAGCAAUAUAUGUCACUAUGAAUAUGUUCAAUCAAGAUGUCACCAGAGAGUGCCUUAUUGCUGAAUGCUGGGCAUCAACCAACGAUUCAGCUCAAGUCCAACAAGCACUACGGGAAGCUUCAGAGGAAUGUGGAAGUCAUGUUCCUGCUAUUGUAAAUCGAAUGGCAACAUCAGAACAACCACCCACAUGUAAUUUAGUUAAUAAAUUUACGGUUGGGUUUCAAAAUAUUGUUGAUGCAUAUGGUGUUGCUUCAUAUGAAGAAGUCAAUCCAGCGCCUUAUACUAUUAUUACCUUCCCAUUUUUGUUUGCUGUUAUGUUUGGUGAUGCUGGACAUGGUUUGUUGAUGUCACUUUUUGCUUUUUGGAUGGUUUAUAAGGAAAGGCAACUAAUGGCUCAAAAGAGUGAUAAUGAGAUAUGGAAUACAAUGUUUGGUGGUCGCUAUAUUAUUUUGUUGAUGGGACUCUUCUCUAUAUAUACUGGGCUUAUAUAUAAUGAUGCAUUUGCCAAAUCUUUAAAUAUUUUUCAUUCACAAUGGGAUGUAUCUGAUGUUAAUAUCACAAAGGGUGCUCUAACUAUUCAGACCUAUGCAGAAUACAGUUUUCCCAAUACCAGUGUGCCUUAUCCGUUCGGAAUUGAUCCAAUUUGGCAAAGCGCAAGCAAUAAAAUUCUGUUUCUGAACUCUUACAAAAUGAAAGUAUCCAUCAUUUUUGGCUUUAGUCAAAUGAUAUUUGGUGUGGUGCUCAGCCUGUGGAACCACGUCCACUUUAAGAAAUCACUUAGCAUAUAUCUCGAAUUUUUGCCUCAAAUUAUUUUCAUGUCAUGCAUAUUUGGAUACUUGGUGAUCCUGAUUUUUGCAAAGUGGGUUAUGUAUACAUGGCAGCAAGCAUAUUGUGCACCGAGUCUUCUAAUAUCUUUGAUUAAUAUGUUUUUGAUGAAAUAUGCAGAUGAAGAUGAAUACAAAAAGCCGGAGUUUUGCUACCUUGCUCCGAUGUAUGGUGGCCAGCAAGUGUUGCAGACAAUAUUAGUUGUUGUUGCUUUCCUUUGUGUUCCUUGGAUGCUGGUACCUAAGCCUAUUAUGAUUCACCUAAGGAACAAAAGACUUUCAAGUUCUUCUUCAGAUGACCAUGAUAACAAAGGACUUCCAGAUUUAUUUAUUGAUCAAGCUAUUCACACCAUCGAGUUCUGUUUGGGGUCCAUAUCUCACACUGCAUCCUAUCUCCGACUGUGGGCUUUAAGUUUGGCUCAUGCACAAUUAUCCGAAGUACUGUGGAAUAUGGUUCUGAAAAUGGCUUUAGGUAUGAAUAGUUAUCUUGGUGCAUUCGCCCUUUACUUCAUCUUUGCAGGUUGGGCAGUUUUAACUAUUAGUAUACUUCUGGUAAUGGAAGGUUUAUCCGCAUUUCUUCAUGCCUUACGUCUUCAUUGGGUUGAAUUUCAAAGCAAGUUUUAUCAAGGAACAGGAUAUAAGUUUAUUCCAUUUUCAUUCCAAUUAAUUUUAGAAGGUUAUGAUGAGUGAAAACUCUAGUUGAAUGAAAUACUUUAAUCCAUGUUAUAACAUUUUUUAAUGAACUUUACACAUUUUAUCUGGUUAGUUCCAUGAAAUAUUUCAUGCUGAUUUUAAAAGAAAAAUGCCUCGAUCAUUGGGAGCAAAAUGCAAGAUCAUUGUUUUAAUGAAUUUUAUUUGUUUACAUUUUCUACAACAACUUGAUUAUUUUAAGUUCAAACUAUAAUUUAUUAAGUAUUUUAAGCUAUUUAAAUGUCAAUUUAUUUGUUAUUUACCGAUUCCAAGCUUUCAUUUUUGAUUUAUUUGUUUUAAUUAUUGGGGCCAAAUGAAUUGUGUAUCAAAUUUAUCUCAUAAAAAUACGUAUAUUUCUUUA